GAUACUCUGGAUCACCGUCGCCAUGAGACCGGGGAAGCUCCCUUAGCUCCACGGCAUGACGUUGCUUCAGCUUCAGAGAAGAAUUCCAUGAAUUCCCUCACGGUGCCAUCGGAUGUCGCAAGAACAUCAGCAGCCCUCGCUUCUGCUGAGGGAGCCCAAGACGAGAUGGCAAAGCAAGCCUCACUGCUCUCAGUUAACGUCUCUCUCCCCACGGUGGCGGAGCUACCACCCUCCGUGCCAAAGAGCAUGUCCUCCCGAAACAUGACCGGGCACACUAUCUCAGAC